UUUUGGUAUCAGAGGUGUGACAAUGGUCUCCGUCUCCUUUACCUCUCCAAAUCCCUGGAUUCGUAAACGUGAGGAUAGACGUUCCACAAAUGAUGAUAAAUGUGUUUCCUCAGGUCCAUUACCUCUUUUCUGUUGCUGGCCAUGGUGUUCUUGGUGCUAAGUAGAGGCAGGAAGCAAUGCAACAUUCCAAAAAUCAUCAGGACGUACAAAGCUGUGAUCUUUUAUGAACUGCAAAAUUUGAAAAACAUUACGGGGCUUCCUGAAGACAUCACAGAGGUCACUGUGGAUGGAGGGCAUGCGUGUCGCUCGGAUAAGUAUAUCUCUUCCCCUCGCCAGGACCAAAGAAUUCUGCAGUCUAUCUACUCUCUGAGCGUCAACCUUAAAUACAAAGCCAAUUGUGACAGCCAAAGGAGCAGAAGGAAAAAGAAGCUUGAAAGUGCCAUCUGCAGAGUAACCAGUCAGAUGACAUCUGUCUUUAAGGAGAACUGCAGGCAUAUCCAUCGGAAACAUGAUAAAAACAACAAGCCACAGACAGGAAGAAAUAGGGACAAUGAGAGAAAGUCAAAAACAAGAAGGAAGGAGUUCCAUCGAAGAGUUGAAACUAUUCGUCUUUGCUGGGAGAAACUUAACUUGCGAUGUCAGAGCUGUGAUGAAGCAGGCUCAGACUGAAAGCUUCUUAUUCUUGGUGCUGCCUAAUUACCCUGUUUUGGUGCUCGACUGGAAGGACCUAAUAUUUUAACUGAAGAAAAAUCAAUAUAACAUCCAUUUGGAAUACUGACUGCCAAUUUUAUUUUGCAUACUGUUUUUGUUCUAUUUCUUUUUAAACAGUAUCAUGAUGAUGAAGCAAUCCCUUCUUAAGCCCAUCUGAGGCUUGUGCUAAUCCAGACUGCGUGCGUGUGUGUGGUGCGUGUGUGUGUGUGUGUGUGUGUGUGUGUGUGUGUGUGUGUGUGUGUGUGUGUGUGUGUGUGUGAGUAUGUGUGCAUAACUAUAUGAGUGACGUCAAGAGGACUGAUGAGGAGCUUUGCACUUAUGACAAUUUAUUUUAUGCUGCUCUGGAGAAACAGUUACAUUGACCGAGGAUCACUAUUUCAUUACACAAAACUGAAAUUAGAAUAUUUUUGAAGCAUUACUUUUCGUGAUCCAUUUGCAAGCAGGUAAAUGGUAUGCAAUGUGGCUAUGCUAAGGACAGCAGGGUUUUAUGGGAUCUCCAUUCAUUGGUGCAGCAAUUUGCAGUUGUGGUUGAAAAUGGCUGCUUUGUUUCAUUUUGUCCAUUUAAUUAUUUGCUGUACUGUUUUUCGCAUCAUCUUAUGGGUAUCCCUGCAGCAAAAAACAUUGAGUCAUAGACUUGAAUUAGCAUGGAAAAGCAAACCAUAUGGAAUGUUUUGAGUAGAAAACAUUUACUGCAGGUUUUGCAGCCUGUGACACUUUCACCUGAAAACAGUAACAAUAAAUAAGUAUGGCUGUGAAGAGAAGAAGGAUGACCCCAAUGGUGAAGACAAUGGAUUUCAACUCAGACUGUGCUAUAUAUCACUAAUAAUCUGUCAAUGAAUUACAUUCAAUUUUAUGACUUCAUUGAAAUCUUUUAUUUCUGACAUUAUUGUUUUGUUCAUUAUUAUAUUCUAAGGAUGCUAUAUAUGCAUAUUAUUUGUUGCCAAGAUACACAUGCUAAAAGUUGCUAUUAACCUUUGUGAAACACCGUGCCAGUAUAAAAUAUCCCAUGUUCUCAUAACUUCAGUCUUGCUUUUCAAAAUGUCAAAAUCCAGCAAUUGUGUGAAGAGCCACUAAGCCUUAGCCAACAUGUGGUAAGCAAAAAGCCCACUUCAAUGCAGAAUUGUCAGAUAUCUGAUAGCAAAUAAGAUAAAUCGUAAGUCUAAGAGCUUGUCAAUGAAUUCUUCUUCUUUUAACUUUAGAGUAAAUGUUGUCCUAUAGACAUCUUGCAAUAAAAUGUCAUAACUAUU